AAUAACAGCCUCUAACAAAAAACAAAAAAAAAGGAAAUAUCAGCCUCAGUUUUCAUUUCUGGGACACAUUAGUGUUUAGUGAGAGAUUCAGGAUCAAAAAUAAGAUUUUAUUUAGAGAAAUUAUUGCAGGAAGAUAAGGCCCAAUGGAGAGAAAAAGCACCAAAACACCAUGUUUAUAAGAGGAAGGGCUUUAUUUCAGCUGGCAUGGAUUAAGGCAUAGAAGAUUUCAAAAUGGUCACAUUCUCCGACUGGCUUGGUCUUCCCCUUUUCAUCUUCAGUCAAAAAGUUCCAUGCCUCAGGUAUUUUUCUCAUUGGUCAGUUUGAAUCAAGCAGAAGAUUCUGUUCCAGUUCCCAUAGAAGUACAGGAUUUCACAGAAGUGGAAAUUUCCAAGUUCUGGGAAAUUAAGACUACAAAUUCCCAAGAGCUGAGUCAACAUGGAGAGGACUCUGCAGAUGUAUCCUGUGGUCUCCUUCAUGAGACCUGUUCUCCUAGACAUCACCCUUCCCAGGGAGUGUUGACAUUCAAGGACGUGUCUGUUGAAUUCUCUAUGGAUGAGUGGGCCUGCCUGGACCCUGCUCAGCAGCAUUUGAAUCGGGAAGUCAUGUUAGAGACGUACAGAAACCUGGUCUUCCUGGAUCUUGCUGUCUCUAAGCCAGACCUCAUCACCUGUCUGGAGCAAAGCAAAGAACACUGGAAGGUGAAGACACAGCCCACACUACUCAAGCACCCAGAUCAUAAGAUAAAUCAUAUUGAAGAAAAACAGUACAAAUGAAAAGAAGGUAGCCAAGUCUUCAAAUCUUGUUCAAGACUCCAUAAUGGAAUCUCAACAAGUGUAAAAAUGAUGACAAAUGUCUUAGCCACAGUACAAAGCAUCCUAACCAUAAGAU